AGUAUGGUUUACACAAUGUAUUUUAACAUUACAGAAUCAGAGGUCAAAAAUGAAAUUUGUUGCACUGUUAUUCUUCGUGUCGUUUGCAAGUGCUAAGAGAGGUGGGAUUUUAAUGCCAGAUGGCAACAUCCUCCAUUAUGAGUCUGAGACAAAUGUGAGGGAUAAUACAAAAAUCCUUACUUUUGGUGCAAAACUCAAGCCUGGACACUUGAAUGGAAUAAAAAUGCAUGACUACAAUACGGGUUAUUUUGCUUCCAAAUUGGUUGACCGUGGUCUAUGCCUGAUAGCAGUUAUCAAAUAUUCCAAGACGACAUAUAUCAAUGAAAGGCUUGUGAAGCUGCCACCUGUUGUUGAUCAAACAAUUUUGCCAACACCAAUGUCCACGAUGGAGCUGACAAGAGUUGCUGGGGGAAACAUUGCAGCAUUCUGUGACGAUUAUACACCAUAUAUGAUGGUAGAAUCUGUUGGAAAUCAUCAUACAAAAACAAGGGAUAAUCUAUUGCAAUAUGAAGACCAUUGUCAGAGACAAACAAAUGUCUUGGAUGCCUCACAGAUGGAGGUUUUAACCCCGGGGGUUCCAACAAACUCAGACCUGACUGAUAAUUUGUAACAGAUAAAUGUUAUUAGAGCUGAAAUUAUUAUUAAAGUUUUCAGAACA